AUGGCCGGCAAAGUUGUCCUCAUCACCGGAGCAUCUUCAGUAUGCAAAAGAGGAGCUCGUCUGGCGUUGGCAGCCAGACGAGAGGACCGCCUUCAGGGGGUGGCCGAUAAAGCUCGAGGGCUAGGCUCUCCAGAUGCCAUUGUGCUCCCAGCUGAUGUUUCAAUUCUUGAACACUGCAAUCGACUAGUUAAUGAAACCGUCAAUCACUUUGGCCAAUUGGAUCAUUUGGUGAACAACGCCGGGGUUCUGCAAGUUGGCUCGUUUGAAGAUUGGACACAAGGCCAAUUCUCUAAGUUGGUUUCGAUCAUGGACAUAAAUUUCUGGGGUUCAGUCUAUUGCACCCAUUUCUCACUUCCACACUUGAGAAAAAGCAAAGGGAAGAUUGUUGUAAUUUCUUCAAGUUCAACAUGGUUUUCUACACCAAAAUUUGGUUUCUACAAUGCAAGCAAGGCAGCCCUGAUUUGCUUCUUUGAGACAUUGAGGGCUGAACUGGGAUCUGAUAUUGGGAUAACAAUUGUGAGCCCAGGAUUGAUUGAGUCUGAGAUGACAGGAAGCAGCCAAUUUUUAUCACAGGCAAUUGUGGACAGUGCUUGCCGUGGAGACAUGUACCUGACAGAGCCAGCUUGGGUCAAGUUCGGAUUCUGGUUGAGGGUUUUCUGCCCUGAGCUACUUGAGAAGCUUUUACAGCUAAUGGCAACGAAGACGAACCCAGCAGGAACUUCAAUUAAAGAUGAUUAA